AUGGGAUUUCGGGUCCAUGCUGAUGUGUUGAUGCAAGAGAAGACGUCCAUGUUGCCAGAGAAGAUUUUCAAGGGACCUAACUCCGGCUUUGGCAACCCUCGUGUCAUGGUAAGCGGUACGUCAUUGUGGCCGAGGGCAUGCGUUACCGGCCCCGCUUGUCUUUCGGCCGCGGACGAUAUUCCCGACGGGCCCUAUGGUGUACUCCGUACGGAUACAGUAAGGUGCUUUCCGUACUUUUGUUACUUUUGCUGGGCCAACGGGGGCCACUGCAGACCGAAACAUGUGCCCAUUAUUCCAGGCACGAAUGGCGCAUUGCUAGGUAAGCCCAGCGCAAGUUUGCAAACCCCCCCCCCCCCAAUUGAGAUCUGCACCCAUUGCGCCAAUGAGCUCAGAACAAUGACAACUACCUACGGGCUUGGUAGAAGAAUAUGGUCGACUUCCCGAGAAGAGGACAAUAAUUGGCAUGCCGAAAGAAUGCGUAAUUUUCGGGAACGUACGAGUACAAACCCACAGAGCUUUUGUCAAGCAAUGCUCGUGUCAACGUUGCUUCGAACUCUAUCGUCAACUGUCGAUCUGUGCCUGGCGUGA